AUGCAAUCUCCAGUUUCAGCUAACGUCAAUGUUGCAAAUCUCGUGAUGCCUGACAUGUGCAUUGCAGAUUUCUCGCUGAAUCCGAUUGGAGAUAGCUCCCCUUCUUAUUCUCAGCAGAUUGCGGCAAUACAGCGACUGUGUCAGCGGUCGGGAGUCAAGUUCUCCAUGCAUACUACCGGUACUACACUUGAGGGGCCGUGGGAGAAAGUCCAGCAGGUCAUCGGCUGGGCUCAUUGUCUGGUCCAUCAGCAAGGCACUCCGAGAAUACAGACCGAUAUCCGCAUGUCAACGAGGACCGACAAGCAGCAGCCAAUGGAGGCCGAGGUUGCAUCUGUCGAGAAGAUCUUAGCGGCGUGA